AUGCAGAUUUUUAUCGCAACAAGUGCUUGGAGUUGGCUGCAGAGGUGCAAAGGCGCGAGGAGGAGCUUGUCCACCUGCGCCAAGCCUUGCAAGAGGCCACCACAUCCAUGGCUUGAUCUACCGCCUGGCUUGUGUUUGAGGGCAGUGCCGCUAUCGUGCAUUGUCUGCCGGCAUCGAGGCCAUGACUUGAUUUGCAGAAUUCGCAUCUUCAUAGGUGUCUCUUAG